AUGGCCGACGGACCGGCGGACCCGCCGAUAGCCAUCACCAAGGUACACCGGCUGACGCCGCUGGACACGCAGUCGUCGUCGGUCAAGCGACGCAGCGUCAUCACGUCGUUCCGGCGCGAGUCGGCGCCGCCCAGCGAGAACGCCACGAGUGCGCCGACGUCCAAGAAGGACCUCGCGUCGACGCGCAUCGACCUCGUGCCCAAGCCCAUGACAUCAACCUUCCAUAUGAAUUCAACCACGUCCAAGAUCCUCCCGACGCUCGACCACGUUGAUCGCCAUCUGCGCACGAGCAUCAAAUACAAGGUACCAUCCACGCGGGCAACGAGCCACAAGGAAAAGCGCGCGAGCAUCUUGCACCGCGCCCAGAGCAUGCGCAUGCUGCAAGAGAAGGCGUCGUUCGUGAACCGGCGGCGGCAGAUCUUCAAGCGCACGCGGCAAUGCUUGCUCCUACUCCUCGCGACGUGCAUCGUGGCCGGCAUCGUGCUCAUCUUUGUGUUUGGCAACACGAAUUCACCGUCGCCCGUGUGUUGCGCCGGGGGCCAGCCCUUUAUCGUGACGCUGCUCAGCGGCAUCAAAGCCGUCGCCAUGGCCAUUGACCCCGACGGCAUUAUCUAUAUCGCCAGCGCUGCGACCAACCAGAUCUACGUGCUGAACGACACGACGCUGCAUGUCUUGGCUGGCACGGGCGACUACGGAGAGGUGAACGGCCCUAUCGCCACCGCGCAAUUCCGAUACCCGUGCGGUAUCGCCGUCGAUCGCUUUGGCUCGGUGUACGUCGCGGACCGGGACAGCUUGGAUGUACGCAAGAUCGCGAACGGCCUCGUCACGACCCUCCUCAGCGAAUCCUUGUCCGGUGGGGUUGUAGCCGGCGGGUUUGACGACAACAUGGACGCGGCGCUCGCAAAUGCUCCGAUCUCGGUCGCUGUCGACCUCCAUGGGGUGGUCUAUGUUGGCUACGGCACAUUCAUCCAAGUCAUCCAGACGGAUGGCAGCACGUUUGUGCUCGCUGGCAACAUGCUGCGGGGGUACGCCGACGGUAACGGGGCCGGCGCGCGCUUCAACGGCAUUCGAUCCAUGGCUGUCGAUGCGCUCGCCAAGUAUCUGUACGUGUGCGACUACUACAACCACGCGAUCCGCCGCAUCGAAAUCGCCACAACCAACGUCGCGACGCUCCUCGCGACCGGCUUUUACCCCACGAGCGGUGGCGGCAACGUCACGAGCUUCAUGGCGCCCUCCGGUAUCUUCCUCGUCAACACGACGCUCUACGUUGUCGACACGUACUCGAAUACGGUCGAGACGUUCGACCUCAAUGGCACGCAACGCAAUGUGUUUGGCAAUGGCCUCUACGGUAACGCCGACGGUCUCAACGGAUCGUUUGGCAACCCCGUCUCGCUGGUCGUCAACGGAUCUGGUGCCGUCUACGUUGGCGACGUCGGCAACCUCCUGCUUCGGCUCGUAAUUUAUUAG